AUGUCGGCCACGGGGGAUGAAGACCCGGCCCCGGGAGGCCCAGAGGGCCCCGCGGGCGCAGAUGGGGCCCAGGCCGAGGCGGCCAGAGCCGGCGACCGGGGGCACCGCGACUCGGAGCCUCGCGGGGGCGACGCGGCGCCGGGGGCCAGGGGAGGCUCUGGGGAGGCGGCCCUGGAAGGCGGCGGCGCCGAGGAGGAGUCGGACAUCGGGCCGGCAGAGGAGGAGGAGGAGGAGGAGGCAGGGGGCCUGGACCUCGUCGAAGUGAACCAGUUCCCCGUGAGGGGCUUCUACUUCAUUCUCCUGGGGCUGGUGUACUCACUGCUGCGCCGCGUCCACUGCAACGACCACGUCCUCGUCCCGCCCCCGCCGAGACCGCGCCACGGCCUGGCCUGGCUCCCCCAACUCCGGGCGCCCGACGGGCAGGGGCAGGGGCCCGCGGCCCAGGAACCCGAGGAGGCGGAGGAGGCUGCGGCGCCGGAGCCUGAGGAGGCGGAGGAGGCCAUCGCCCCUGAGGGUGAGCGGCUGGCCGGGGGGUCGGUCGGGAGACCCGGGAUCCCGAGGGACCCAGGCUCAGAGGGGGACCUCGGGAGGUCUGAGAUGAUCGGUGCCAUUUAUGAGGCCACAGGUGAAGGAACAACUAAAUAUCCGGAUGAGAACACCAAUGAAGAGGCCCAAGGUGCUGAAAGUGAGGGGGAAAGAGAGAAGUUUAACAAAAAACAAGAACCUGAAAAGGAUCUGAACCCAGCAGGACAGACCCAGAAAGUCCAGCGCCAGGAGCCCAGCCCAUGGGAACAAGAGGUAUGCCCCUGCUAG